AUGCAUCUCAGUCUAGCCAUUCUCAUCGCCCUGUCGGGUAUGCAGCCGGUAGCAGCCCAAUGCACGACAAGCACCCAAGUCAUGGUUGGUAUUGACACCACCGUUACCGACCUAAACGCCUUCCAGAGCUCGCUCAACUCCGCGUUUCCGGUUUCGUCUGGAGGUGACUCGGACACCACGAUCUUUGUUCAUACCUCACUCUAUACAUACCCGGGAGGCAGCUUUUAUGGAUAUGCCACUGCGGACCCCGAACAGCUGAAGAGCGCUGGUUUCCAUCUGGUAACAAUGACGCAGACGACUACGUCUUGUCCCCCAACGACGACCGAGGAAACAUCCGCGUCGUUUAGCCUGCCUCCCUCGCCGACUGGCUCAAUCUGUACUCCGCAUGAGGAUCACUGGCAUUGCUCGCCGACAAACAGCGUUUCUGAGCCUAGCGCAACCUGUUCGCCACAUUUCGAUCACUGGCACUGCCCUCCUGGUGUGCCAUCUCCCACCUACCUACCACUAGAAGCGACAGGCACAUCGUCCUUCGAUGAGACCACGACUGGUGGGCCGUCCAGGACAUCUGCGGCAACAUCGGCGCCGUCGACUGUGGGUACGAACGCUGCGUCUAAGCCUAUGGCGAUGACACUACUGGGAAUUGUUUCCUUAGCAUGUCUCAUCUCCAACUUUGUCUAG